UCACUGCUACAGUUCUGGAGCACAUGUUGACUACAGAGCAGAGAGGAGAGCUGCCCAAGACCCUGACUGACCUGUACUCACACUUCCUGCUGGUUCAGAUAAAGAGGAAGAAGCAGAAGUACGAUGAGGGACAUGAGACGAGUCCACAGGAGCUGACAGAGGCUGACAGGGAGGUUCUUCUGAAGCUGGGGAGGCUGGCGUUUGAACAGCUGGAGAAAGGAAACAUCAUGUUCUACCAAGAAGACCUGGAGCAGUGUGGUCUUGAUGUCACAGAGGCCUCGGUGUACUCAGGAGUUUGUACAGAGAUCUUCAAAAGAGAGAGUGUGAUCUUCCAGAAAACAGUCUACUGCUUUGUUCAUCUGAGCGUUCAGGAGUUUCUGGCUGCAGUCUACAUGUUCCACUGUUACACCAACUGGAACUCAGAGGUACUGGAGGACUUCCUGGGGGAAGACUGGACAUACACAAUCAGUGACUUGUCUGUGGAUGAUUUCCUGCAAGAUAGUGAUGAUGAUGAUAAGGAUGACAGGGAUGAUUAUCAUAACUCAACCCCCGAUGUCUUCCUGAAGAGAGCCAUGCAGAAAUCCCUUGAAAGUAAAAAUGGCCACCUGGACCUGUUUGUUCGCUUCCUUCAUGGCCUCUCUCUGGAGUCCAACCAGAGACUCUUAGGAGGC